GCGUUUUUUGAGCUUUGAGAUUUCAGCAGCAGCAAGAGAAAGAUGAGCGAGACGAGACCAGUGCCGAGGAGAGAGAGUCCAUGGGGUUUACCGGAAGGUCACCGUGAGCCCAAAGCUCACCGCUGCAACGAUCGUGUCGAGGACGUUGUCCAGGCGUUUUUCGAGGGAAACCCAUUCAAGACAGUUCCAGGACCUUUCAAACUCUUCUACAGAUGCAUGCGUUCUAAGCCAGGAGAGGAACCAACAGAGCCAUUCAAAUACCUCGAUCUGGAACCUCCAAAGAGAGAAGUUAAACUUGAAGAAGCAAAGCUUGAGUAAAGUGAUAUUCACUCCCUUUUUUUUAUUCUUGCAACCUUUUUAACUGAGCAUGUAAGCACCAUGACUGUGAUUUUAUGUUUACCUUCAACAUGUGUCAACAACAUCUUAUUUUGUCAUAAUAAAAUUGAUACUUGGAU